GCCAGAUAUAAUGAUAUUUAUUGAUUUGUCCGAAAAUUUGUAACUGAGGAGAGCCGAGAUAUAUAGCAGCAAUAAUAUGCAAUAAGAUACGUUGAUACACGCACAUAUAUAAAUGUUCUUUUUGCCUGUUUUCCUGUUAGCAGAUUAAUGAAAGUCAACUUGCCUUCAACCUGUUUAUAUGGUUAUAUAAUACUCCUCAGUUUCGCAAUAGCGAAGUUAUUUGUCUCUCUACUCGGUUGCACAUUGAUGCAUAUGUGAGAUUGUCGUGAAACUUGGUGGAACUAUCCUAACGUCAAGUAAAAUGAUACGUAGGGGCGCAUGUCAAAUAGCCAGCUCGAUUCAUUCAAAUCCUUGUGCAGAGGUGCACGAUGUUCCGAUGAACGUGAUUAUUAGACCUAUUCCUCCCGUGGUGAAUGAGGAAAAGGUUCAGAGUUUGAUGAACGCGUUGAAAAACGUCGAGACUGAGCAUACGGUACCGCCCAUCGACGUCUUGUGGAUUAAAGGAACCAAAGGUGGUGACUAUUAUUACUCUUUUGGUGGCUGUCAUCGUUAUGUUGCUCAUCAGCGAUUAGGUAAAAUGUCCAUUAAAGCCAAAAUAAUUGAAUCAACUGUGACGGAUUUACGAUGCUAUCUGGGAAAUUCUACUCCAGACUUGAAGUGAUUUUAAGCAUAUUAUUUGUACAUAUAAACUACAUGCCUGUAUAUUUAUAUAUAUAAACUGAAUUGAAUUAUAAUACUUAUAUAUG